AUGUCAAGGCUAGACAUGGAUGAGGCCACCUCGACGCAGAGAGGCAAAGUUCAUGGGCCGUUCGUCUUGGAGAACCUCGUGUGCCAGACAAACCAUAUGUUAACCUCGAGGGGUGUUUUCUUGGGCAGUAAUCCUCUCAAAUACGCAAUGCCACUUCUCUUGCUGCAAAUGGCUGCCAUUAUUAUCACUUCAAGGCUUCUCUACCGCCUCCUCAAGCCCUUGAAUCAAGGCAUGAUAUCUGCUCAAGUCUUGGCUGGUAUAAUCCUAGGACCGUCUCUCUUAGGCCAAAUCAAGGGAUACAUGGCGAUGUUCUUUCCCAUAAGUGCCAAAAUCAAUCUACAAACCUUCUCAAACAUUGGUUUCUUCAUGCAUCUUUUCUUGCUAGGUCUAAGAAUUGACGCUAGCAUUCUACGUAAAGCAGGUUCAAAAGCUUUGAUCAUUGGUACAGCCUCCUACGCCUUCCCGUUCUCCCUAGGUAACCUCACCGUCCUCCUCUUGAAAAACACUUUCGAGCUCUCACCAGAAGUUUCCCACUGCAUCCACACGGUGAUCUCCCUCAACGCAAUGACCUCGUUCCCGGUAACCACAACCGUCUUAGCCGAGCUCAACAUCCUUAACUCUGAUCUCGGGAGAUUAGCCACAAACUGCUCCAUUGUCUGCGAGGCCUUUAGCUGGAUCGUUGCACUCCUUUUCAGAAUGUUCUUACAGGACGGUACCCUCGCUACCGUCUGGUCGUUCGCUUGGAUCACCGUUCUUCUCCUAUCUAUCUUUUUCAUCUGCAGACCUUUGAUCAUCUGGCUGACGCAGAAAAGAAGCGUUUCGGUUGAUAAAACAAACGACAUACCGUUCUUCCCUAUCAUAAUGGUCUUGUUUGUGAUAAGUUUGGGAUCAGAAGUGCUUGGCGUCCAUGCAGCGUUUGGAGCGUUUUGGCUAGGUGUAUCGCUCCCUGAUGGACCUCCAUUAGGGACAGGGCUCACGACCAAGCUCGAGAUGUUUGCAACAAGCCUUAUGCUCCCAUGUUUUAUUGCCAUUAGUGGAAUACAGACCAAUUUCUUAAAGAUUGAAAAGAGCCAGGUGAAGGUCAUUGAGGCCGUGAUCCUCAUUACCUACACCUGCAAGUUCCUUGGAACCGCAGCCGCUUCCGUGUAUUGCAAGAUACAGAUAGGAGACGCAAUUUCUUUGGCCUUAUUGAUGUGUUGCCAAGGAGUCAUUGAGAUCUACACAUCGGUCAUGUGGAAAGAUGAAAAGAUUCUAGACACAGAAUGCUUCAAUCUUGUUAUCAUCACGCUCUUGCUCGUGACGGGCGUUUCACGCUACCUCGUUGUGCGUCUGUACGACCCAUCAAAACGUUACAGAAGCGAGAGCAAGCGAACGAUCCUUAACUCGAGACAACGAAACAUGCAGCUCCGUCUGCUCUUCUGCGUAUACAACGUCGAAAACGUACCUUCGAUGGUUAACCUCCUAGAAGCUUCUUACCCGAGUCGCUACAGCCCUGUAUCCGUCUUCACGCUUCACCUCGUCGAGCUCAAAGGCAGAGCGCACGCGGUGCUCAUGCCGCAUCACCUGAUGAACAAACUCGACCCCAACACGGCUGAGUCCACGCAGAUCGUCAACGGGUUCCAACGGUUCGAGCAGCUGCAUCAAGGAACCCUAAUGGCUCAGCAUUUCACAGCGGCAGCUCCCUUCUCCAGCAUCAACGACGAUAUCUGCACUCUCGCUCUCGACAAGAAAGCUGCGCUCAUCGUCAUCCCGUUUCACAAAGCGUACGCGAUAGACGGGUCGGUCGACCAUGUGAACCCAGCGAUCCGUAGCAUAAACAUUAACGUGUUGGACAAGGCGCCUUGCUCGGUCGCAAUAUUCAUCGACCGAGGAGAAACAGAAGGCCGCCGCUCUGUCCUGAUGAGCAACACGUGGCGUAACGUGGCUAUGAUCUUUAUAGAAGGAAGAGACGACGCGGAAGCCCUAGCGUUCUGUAUGAGGAUGGCAGAGCACCCGGAAGUGAGCGUCACGAUGAUCCAUUUCCGACACAAGAGCGCCCUUUACAACAGCAACAUAACAAUGGGACAAGAAACAGAACCCUCGGAGUGUCACCUGAUAAACGACUUCAAGAACUACUCGCUGAACAAACCCCAAGUGCAUUACAAAGAAGAGAUCGUGAGAGAUGGAGUGGAGACCACGCAAGUGAUUAGCGCGCUUGGGUCUACAUACGAUUUGGUUGUCGUGGGUCGUGACCAUGACCUAGAGUCGUCGGUACUGUACGGGCUAACGGACUGGAGCGAGUGCCCUGAGCUAGGUGUGAUCGGAGACAUGUUUGCGUCGCCAGAUUUUCAUUUCUCGGUGCUCGUGGUUCAUCAGCAAGAAUGUGACGACCCUUUUGCGGUGGAUUAUAGCUAUAAACUAGCAGUUUCGCCUCAUAGAGGUGGGGAUCCAAGAGUACACCCUCGUUUCUCUGUUGAAGAAGGAUAUACUUCUGUUGAUCUUCAUCACAGCCGUUAA